CGCUGCUAAGUAUUUUUUUCUCUAUUAAGAAAAGAAAAAACAAAACAAUUUCCAAGCACCUUCCUCCGUCAACCUCUGUAUUUCUCAAAGCAAUUUCCAAACACCUUCCUAUGUCAACCUCUGUCGUUCUCUGUUUUUAUUCUUUUCUCCCAACCACAAUCUCCUUUCUCUUGUCCUUUUUCUCUUACUGUUUUAUAAUAUAAUACUCUCCCCAUCUUCCUUCUCUGCUUUGCUUCUGUCUCUUUUUCAACCAUGGCCUCGUCUUCAAUACCACAAGGUGGAGAGAGGGAUCUGGAGAAAGGACUGGUGACUCCACUACUGAUACAGAAUUCCCUCAUGGAAGCUUCACCAACACCAUCACCAUCACCAUCACCAUCACCAUCACCAUCCUCAAUUGCAUCAACCUCAGGCCUGAUCCUAUCGAGUUCUGCCAAGCGUAUUGAUAGGAUGGGUAUUAGCCUCACCAGUUCCAGUUUCGGCUUCACAGAAGACUCAGCAGCACCAUCACCUUCCUCUACAGCAACAGCCCCAGCUCUUGUCUUAUCGAAUUCUGGCAAGUGGAUUGAUAGAAUGUCCAGUAGCCUCACCUGUUCCAGUUCUGGUACUGCAGCACUCUCAGCAACACCAUCACCAUCGUCUACAGCAACAACCCCAGCUCUGGUCCUAUCGAAUUCUGGCAACCGCAUUGAUCAGGCUUGCAAAAAGAAAUAUGUGAAGCAGGUAACAGGACGCCAUAAUGACACUGAGCUGCAUUUGGCAGCACAGCGUGGGGAUUUGGCUGCUGUAAAGCAGAUUCUUGCUGACAUUGAUUCACAGAUGAUGAAGACUGCGAGUGGGGAAGAUUUUGAUAUGGAGGUCUCGGAGAUACAGGCAAGUGUGGUGAAUGAGAUGAAUGAGUUGGGGGAGACAGCCUUGUUUACUGCUGCAGAGAAAGGGCAUCUUGAUGUUGUCAAGGAGUUGUUAAAAUACUCAAACAAAGAGACUGUUACUAAGAAGAAUAAAUCCGGGUUUGAUCCCUUGCAUAUUGCUGCGAGCCAAGGGCACCACGCUAUUGUCCAAGUGCUGCUAGAUCAUGACCCUAGUCUAUGCCAAACUUUUGGGCCAUCAAAUGCAACCCCUCUUGUCUCUGCAGCUACCAAGGGGCAUACGGCAGUAGUCAAUGAGCUGCUAUCAAGGGAUGGUGGCUUGCUAAGGAGUACCAAAUCAAAUGGGAAAAAUGCAUUACAUCUAACCGCUCGACAGGGGCAUGUAGAUGUUGUAAAAGCUUUGCUGAGCAAAGAUACACUAUUGGCAAGAGGAACUGACAAGAAAGGACAGACCGCAUUGCACAUGGCUGUUAAAGGACAGAGCUGUGAGGUGGUGAAGCUGCUUCUUGAGGCAGAUGCUGCUAUUGUGAUGCUUCCAGACAAGUUUGGGAACACAGCAUUACAUAUAGCCACUAGGAAAAAGAGAGCAGAGAUAAUAAACGAAUUGUUGUCCCUUCCUGAUACAAAUGUCAAUGCACUCAACAGAGACCAUAAAACAGCCCUUGACAUAGCUGAGGGGCUUCCCCCCUCUGCAGAGUCCUCAGAUAUAAAGAACUGCCUUUCUCGCUAUGGUGCGCUCAGAGCUAACGAACUGAAUCAACCAAGAGAUGAGUUGAGGCAGACAGUGACGCAAAUUAAGAAAGAUGUCCAUACACAGCUUGAACAAACCAAAAGAACCAACAAGAAUGUUCAUAAUAUUUCAAAGGAACUUAGAAAACUCCACAGAGAAGGAAUCAACAAUGCCACCAAUUCAGUGACUGUGGUGGCUGUUCUAUUUGCAACUGUUGCUUUUGCAGCAAUAUUUACUGUGCCCGGAGGAGAUCUAGAUAGUGGAGUUGCUGUGGUGGUAAGCUCUCGUCCUUUCAAAAUCUUCUUCAUCUUCAAUGCCAUUGCUCUCUUCACCUCUUUGGCUGUUGUCGUUGUUCAAAUUACGUUGGUUAGAGGUGAAACCAAAGCAGAGAAACGGGUAGUGAAAGUGAUUAACAAGUUGAUGUGGUUGGCUUCUGUCUGUACUUCGGUUGCUUUUAUGGCCUCCUCUUAUAUAGUGGUUAGCAGGAAACAUAAGUGGGCUGCAAUUUUGGUCACAGUUGUAGGGGGUCUGAUAAUGGCUGGGGUUCUUGGCACCAUGACUUACUAUGUGGUGAAAUCCAAGAGCACUAGAAGGAAGAGGGGAAAGAGUUCAAGGACUGGAUCCAAUUCUUGGCAUCAUUCUGACUUCUCUAAUUCAGAAGUUGAAGUUGAUAGGAUUUAUGCCCUCUAAUAUGCAAAUCUAUAGCUUCUGGAAAAGGGAAAGGGAAGAUGAAUGUUAGAAAUUAAAAAAUUAGACCCAAUAUGCCAAAGAUUAGAUUAUAUAAGAAUAAUGAAUUUUUGGCCUCUGCCUGGUAGUUGGUAUAUGCACACCCUACCUUCGUAACCAUGGUUUACGAGGUACGAGCUAUUUGAACUAAUAUUUCAGGAGGGCCUAUUAGUUAAGAAGGAAGAAAGAAGAGUGAUGAAUGUGGCAUUUUGUUGAGUACAUAUAUUAGACUAACAUAGGUAGCAGUUCUUGGGUGGCAAAAGGCUUGAGUUUUGGUUCAUAACCUGAUGUUCAUGUUACCAAAUGGCAGUGCUUUGUCUAUGCUUCUUAUUCUUUUCAUGUAAGAAAUGGAAAGUGAUGAUUUACACAUGCAUACAAUAUCACCUUCUGAAAGAAUAGGGAUAGGCAAAUUAAACUGAUUUAGUGAAGUAUGCCAUGCCAUCAGUAGCAAAGUCGGCUGUUCUCGAAUCAUCUGUGGCACUUGCUUGAAUAUGACUCAAGGUAUCCCGGAGCUAACAUUCAUAAAAACUGCUUCAGUUCUCAUCUGGGAUAUUGCUCAGCCAGCAUUGUCCUAAAUCAGCCUGGUUUGAUGGAUUCAAACCAUUCACUUGUUUUAACUUCUCAUCGACAACUAUUAAGAGCCUAGCCUUGAAAUAUAUGACUGAUUAACUUUCUCUGAUUAAACUUUAUUGCUACUUUCUCUGAUUAAACUGUAUUGCUGCAAAAACAUACUUGUUUUCCUUUAGUUACAACCUCCUGAAAUUGAACAAGGACUUCUAGAACCACCAUGUUCAAACAUGUUUCUUGCUUCCUAGUAAAAGUCUUGCCUUGGUAACUUAUAAAACGCUUGUUUUCUAGAAUUCCGAAUUCAGUUAAGUUGGUUCAUGAAAUUAGAUUUAAAAGAAGACGUUCAUCGAGUUUUGGAUUUAAAUUUUAGUAUUUACAAUUUAUUUAUUUUCAGUUUGCCGUCUUUUUUGUACAAAAAUAAAGUCUUGCCUUGGAGUAAAAUGUUGGAUUCUGGUUCUUUCUAUGAAAUUAUUUUCCAGUCAACAAGUCCUAUCAGAAUCGUAGUAUUAGUGGAAUUUGUUUCAGUCUUUGGCACGAGUCUUGACUCUUGUAGGAGUCUUCAAGCAGGCCAAAAUUUCCUUCUAAAGUUGAAAAAAAUAAAUCAACUAUAACAAUAAAAUUUGUGAAGCUUUGUAAACUUGGAGC